GGGCUGGCUUAUUUCUUUCUCUUUGGUGGCGGUGGUUCCACCCCUUUCACAAAAUAUAAAUGGCCAACUCCUUCAUUCCCCAAGUUAUCUGAGGCAAAGCUGGUCACAGAAGCAACAAGCCUUCUCGACCUCACCUCCCCAGAGCGCUAGCCUUUUCAAAGCUUAUAGGUAAAGACAGAGAGGGAGGGAAGCCUGAGACACAGCGACGAUGUGGCUCCUUUCAGAUAUCUCCGUCGAGACCUGGGUGUUUCUAGCUGCAUUCACCUGCCUACUGAUGCUGUACGGCAUCUGGCCUUACGGAGUCUUCAAGAAGCUCGGCAUCCCUGGGCCGAGACCUCUCCCUUUCUUUGGCACAGCACUGCACUAUCGCCAUGGUCUAAUGAAGUUUGAUCAAGCUUGUUAUGAGAAAUAUGGAAAAAUCUGGGGGUUUUAUGACGGUCGAAAGCCUGUGUUGGGUGUAGUGGAUCCGGCCAUCAUUAAAGCAGUAUUGGUGAAAGAGUGCUAUUCCACCUUCACAAACCGCCGGGAAUUUGGUCCAACAGCUGAACUGGAAACUGCUGUUUCAGUAGCAAAAGAUGAGCAAUGGAAGAGGAUUCGAACCGUGCUCUCGCCGACCUUCACCAGCGGGAAGCUAAAAGAGAUGUUUCCCAUCAUUGUGCACCAUGUAAAAAGCCUCAUGAAGAAUAUUCAAGCCAAAGUGGAGAGGGAAGAACCGCUGGACAUUAAAGACCACUUUGGAGCAUACGGCAUGGACGUUAUCACCAGCACCUCCUUUGGCGUGACCACCGACUCCAUGAACAACCCCGACGACCCCUUUGUCAAGGAGGCGCAGAAACUGGUGAAGUUUGAUUUCGCUUCCCCGCUCUUCAUUUUGUUGUAUGUAUUCCCGUUCUUAACUCCUCUGUUGAAGAAGAUGGGCAUGAGCAUUUUCCCCCGGGAUGCCACAAAGUUCUUUGCAAAAUCGGUUGCCAAAAUCCGGGAGAAUCGGGAGAAAGGGAGUGAAAAGACCAGAGUGGAUUUCUUACAACUGAUGAUAGACUCCCAAAAAACAAGCAAUGCAAAUGGGAGCAAUGGGGUAGCUGCCUCCAAUAAAGCUUUGACAGACCCUGAGAUUCUGGCACAAGCUAUUAUCUUUAUAUUUGCGGGAUACGAGGCUACCAGCAACAUCCUUGGUUUCCUGGCUUACGAAUUAGCCAUCCACCCUGACGUCCAGCAGAAGCUGCAGGAAGAGAUCGACUCGGCUCUGCCCAAUAAGGCUCCUCUUACCUAUGACGCCAUCCUGCAAAUGGAAUACCUCGACAUGGCAAUGAGCGAAAUCCUCCGGUUGUAUGCGCUCGGCGGGCGGAUCGAAAGGGAGUGCAAGAAAGACGUGGAGAUAAACGGCGUCACCAUUCCAAAGGGGACCGUGGUGAUGAUUCCGCCAUAUGUCUUGCAUCUUAAUCCAGAACAUUGGCCCGAACCCAAAGAAUUUAGACCUGAAAGGUUCAGCAAGGAGGUGAAAGACCAAAUAGACCCCUACGUGUACUUGCCUUUUGGAGCCGGUCCCAGAAAUUGCAUCGGAAUGAGGUUUGCUCUCCUUGUAAUGAAGACGGUUAUCGUCGGUCUCCUGCAGCAUGUCACCCUCAAGCCCUGCAAGGAAACACAGAUCCCUUUGGAGCUGAGUACGCAAGGAUUCGCAAGACCCACCAAACCGAUCAUCCUGAAAUUUGUUCCCAGGGCCAGCUCCACAUGCUAGUGGAGUUUCUAUCUACCAACUCUUUAAGGAACGCAAUGAUACCAUUUAGUAAUUUUAGGCUCUGGGCUUGAGAGUCCCGUUGUAUGCCUCAGAUGCAAAGCGUCAGGCCAUUUGGGAGGCUCUUGAGCUCAAUCCAGGCAGAGGGGCCCUAGACUUCCACUCCAACAUCUGGCCUGUACAGUACCAUGGAGGGAAUAUUAUCUCAGCCACUGCACCACCUGAUCUGCUGCUUGCACAUCGCUUCCUGUUUGUACUUCUGGCAUGACCAUUUUAUGGGGAUAAUUUGCAGGGAAAUUGCCAUGGAAUUAUAUGAACAUCUCAGUUUUCUUUUUCAAACCAUGUUGUCGGUGUGUGUGCAUGUGAUAUUAUGUACAUUCUUUUUUUUACUCUGUAUGAAUGUUAGCAUGCCAGGUUUGGGGGAGAAUUGGGAGAGAUUGAUUUUGCUCAUUCCGUUCCAAGGAAGACAAUGCAUGUGCAGCACUUAUUACAUAGGGCUGAGUUGAAAUGGGGGGUGGGGAGGGUUCUUUUACGAACACUUUCGUCAACCUUAAAGGGUCAGGAGAAAGAUGUACGUCUGUAAAUAUUUUAAAUAAAUGCACCAAUAAAUAAAA